AUCACGGCAUUCCAGGUUGACUUGAACACCAACAUACACGUGACAGUAUAGCGGCAUAUCAUAGAUCUUAACGUCCUAUCCUAUUGUGUGGAUACAGAGCCCAAGAUGCAUCUGAUACAGACAAAGGGACGCUUUAAUUUCAUGGAACUCCCAGCAGAGCUACGAUUGAAGAUCUAUGAGCUUCUCUUGAUCUGCAAUGACGAUGUUGAGCUUCCAUGUGAUGGACUUGGCGAUCGAGAGCGACAAAUUCGACUGAUACGUGGUGUACCACUCUAUCCAUGUCCUCGACCAGCGGUUGCAAUCAUGCAAACAUGCAGAUUGGCGAACGAAGAAGGAGUUCCUAUUCUAUGGGGCAAAAACACUUUUGCCAUCUGUCUACCCGUGGACCUCAUGGAGCCAUUCUUCCUCCACAGACUCCGCUGGUCAACAAUUCAACACAUGGCCUCUUUAACAUUUACCAGCAAUACAACUCCACUGCCAGAAUCCUUUUCGUCCCAUCUCAAACGCAACUACAUACGGCCACACUUCGCCUGUUCCGGCCUCGACAUUCUAGCCCGGUACUCACCAACCGAUUUCCUCUACUCGCCCUACGGCCCCGACGUCUGCAUGAGUCUCAGCAUCCGAAACUGGGUAAGCACAAACGUAACGCGCGCGGAACUAAACGCCAUUCAACAAGAACUCGAAGCCAUGAUGGCAAACGAUCCUCCCUUCACGACGUUCCAGAAUGCCCCAGACCACACAGACGCUGAUGCUCAGACCUAAGCAACCCCCCAACCCAAUUUACCCCCAAUUUAAAAUCCUACGAUAACGCGUCCCACAAACGAGAGACCGAAAAUCCGAUAUCUA